AUGGGUUCAACAAUUCCGAAUCAGAGGCAUCCCAGAUUCGAAGAGUCAAGCGGGCCAUCCUACUCCUCCACCAGUAACAGUAAUACCUCCAAGAAGAAAUGGUGGAAUCUGAUGCCUCUGAUUGUGAGUUUAGUGGUGAUUGCAGAGAUCGCCUUUCUGGGCCGACUGGACGUGGACAAGAACGUUGACUUAGUCAACUCCUGGGCUGACUCCUUUUACCAGUAUACGACGUCGUCGUCUUGGUUGUCUACCUCAUCCACCACCACCACAACGCAUAUUCAUAUGGGCGACGGUGAAGAUGAGGCAGACGCCGGGUUGACCAGUGUGACCGGCCACGAUUUUGAUCGGAAGAGCGGCUCCGAAGUGGAAAAUACCUGUGAGGAGUGGUUGGAGAAAGAGGACUCGGUGGCUUACUCUAGGGAUUUUCAGAAAGAUCCCAUCUUUGUAACUGGUGCUGAACAGGAGUGGAAGUCCUGUUCUGUGGGAUGUAAAUUUGGAUUUGAUAGCAAUAGAAAGCCUGAUGCUGCAUUUGGUUUACCUCAACAAGAUGGUGCUGCGAGCGUGCUUCGAUCAAUGGAGUCAGCUCAAUAUUAUGCAGAGAACAAUGUUGCUAUGGCACGACGGAGGGGAUAUGAUAUUGUUAUGACAACAAGUCUCUCUUCAGAUGUUCCGGUUGGGUAUUUCUCUUGGGCUGAGUAUGAUAUAAUGGCACCUUUGCAACCAAAAACUGAGAGUGCUUUGGCAGCAGCUUUUAUUUCUAAUUGUGGUGCUCGAAACUUCCGACUUCAAGCUCUUGAAGCACUUGAGAGGGCUAACAUCAAAAUUGAUUCUUAUGGAAGUUGUCAUCGAAAUCGUGGUGGAAAUGUGGACAAGGUAAAAACGCUGAUGCGUUACAAGUUCAGCUUGGCUUUUGAGAAUUCAAAUGAGGAGGAUUAUGUUACUGAGAAGUUCUUCCAAUCUCUUGUGGCCGGAACUGUUCCUGUCGUUGUGGGUGCACCAAAUAUCCAAGAUUUUGCUCCUUCUCCUAGCUCUGUGUUACACAUUAAAGAGCUAAAUGAUGUUGAUUCGGUUGCCAAGCAUAUGACAUAUCUUGCUGAAAAUCCUGGUGCAUAUAAUGAAUCAUUAAGGUGGAAGCUUGAGGGCCCAUCAGAUUCUUUCAAGGCCCUUGUUGAUAUGGCUGCAGUUCAUUCUUCUUGUCGUCUAUGCAUUUUCUUGGCAACAAAAGUUCAGGAGAGAGAAGAGAAAAAAGUAGAGUUUAAAAAACGGCCAUGCAAAUGCACCAGAGGCAUAGAAACUGUCUAUCAUGUAUAUGUUCGCGAAAGAGGGAGGUUUGAGAUGGUGUCGAUUUUUCUAAGGUCAUCCAAUUUAACCUUGAAGGCAUUGCGGUCCGCGGUGCUGUCAAAGUUCAAGUCUGCGAAACAUGUGCCAGUUUGGAAACAAGAAAGACCAGAAAAGAUAAGAGGAGAUGAUGGGCUAAAAGUUCACAGAAUAUAUCCUCUUGGCAUGACACAGAGACAGGCAUUGUAUGCCUUUACAUUUAAGGGGGACAGUGAGUUUAGAAAUCACAUAGAAAGCAAUCCUUGUGCUAAAUUUGAAGUCAUAUUCGUGUAGAUGGCAAUUCGAGAAUUCUGCUCAACUGUUAAGAUUGUUCCGCACAAAUUAACUUGGAAGGAGGGGAAAAAGGCAUGUUUGACUCUGCAUCUGUGCUGCAAAUUUUUAUUCCCCAGACGUAAAGUGGGAAGGGAGAGAGUGGGGAGAAAAAAGGGGGCAAGAAGAAAUCAACAGCUUCAGAUUUACUUGCCUAGUUGCAUAUCAGCAUGUGUAUUUGAAAGGCUUUCGCGACUUAGAUGUACUACUGCAUAUUAGGACAUAUAUAUAUAUAUAUGUGAUAUAAAAGAAAUAGGCAGUUGUUGCUUAUCUUCUGCCUUAUUAACCGUCGAUUGGGCGGACAAAA